ACGCCGCGCAUGCGUAUUAAACAAGUGCCACGUGGCCCGGAAGCUUGGUGUAAAGAGAGUCAUGGCCGCUACGGCAACGGAGCGCGAACAGCGAAACAGCCCAUCUGUUUUUUUCCUACACCCAGAUCUGGGUAUCGGUGGAGCAGAGCGGUUGAUCGUAGACGCUGCUCUCGCACUACGCUCCCGGGGCUGCCGCGUACAGAUCUGGACACCACGCUACGACCCCGAGCGCUGCUUCUCCGAGACGCGCAAGCUGGAAGUGCGAACGGCGGGUGGCUGGUUGCCGCGGAGCAUUCUGGGACGAGGCCACGCCCUCUGCGCUGCUCUGCGGAUGAUCUGGCUGGCGUUGCACGUGCUGCUCCUCAGCGGGGAAGAGUUCGACGUCUUUAUUUGCGACCAGGUGUCUGCUUGUAUUCCAAUUCUCCGUCUAGCCCGAACCCACAAGAAGGUUUUGUUUUACUGUCACUUUCCCGAUCAGCUCUUGACUAAGAGGGAAACCUUUAUUAAACGUGUCUACAGAGCCCCACUGGACUGGUUGGAAGAGUAUACAACUGGCAUGGCUGAUUGUAUUCUUGUCAAUAGUUGUUUCACAGCAAAUGUUUUCAAAGAAACUUUCAAGUCCUUGUCUCACAUAAAUCCAGAUGUCUUGUACCCUUCUUUGAAUGUCAGUACAUUUGAUACUGUCAUUUCCAUGGAUGUAGCUAGCAUAGUUCCCAACGGCAAGAGAUUCAUGUUUCUUUCCAUCAAUAGGUAUGAGAGGAAGAAAAAUCUAAUGUUAGCUCUGAAUGCUUUACAUGACCUUCGUGGAAGACUCGAUGCUCAGGAGUGGAAGGAAGUUCACCUGGUUUUGGCUGGUGGCUAUGACGAAGCAGUUCAAGAAAAUAUGGACUAUUAUGAAGAACUGAAAACUGCUGCUACCAAACUUAAAGUUGAUGAGCACAUUACAUUCCUGAGAUCUUUCUCUGAUGAACAGAAGAUAGCUCUUCUUAGUAACUGCACAUGUGUGUUGUAUACACCAAGUAAUGAACACUUUGGCAUAGUCCCUUUAGAGGCUAUGUACAUGAGGUGCCCAGUCAUUGCAGUCAAUUCAGGUGGGCCUUUGGAAUCAGUCGUAAACAAUGUGACGGGCUUCUUAUGUGAUCCUUUUCCAACCCAAUUUUCAGAAGCCAUGGAGAAAUUUGUGAAAGACUCUACUCUAAAGAGGACAAUGGGAGCUGCUGGGAGAACCAGAGUUCUAGAAAAGUUUUCAUUAGAAGCAUUCACUGAAAAGCUGUACCAAUAUGUUCAUAGCUUAACACAAUGAAAUAAAACUCCAUAUUAUAACUUU